AUGACAGACCGUCGCAGGAUCAAUGGACCUUCGGGUGCCACACACGCUCCAGUAUACCAAGACGAAUUGGAUGCAUCAAGGAACUCGUCAAGAGUGAGACCUGCCAAUACGAUGAGAAAUUUAUUCCUCAAAACUGGCAUUGCGCCAGCCGCCUCUGGAUCCGCCUAUGCAGAGAUUGAGGCUCCUGCAGGUGUUUCUGAUACACAUGCGGGUAUGAAGCUCAUCUGCACAGUUCAUGGCCCGAGAGCUCUCCCGAGGUCAGCGCCGUUUUCACCAUAUCUAGUUCUAUCGACACACGUCAAAUACGCACCAUUCGCCACUCGCCAGCGCAGGGGCUACCUCCGGGAUGCCAGUGAGCGCGACCUCAGUGUCCAUCUCGAGACUGCACUGCGGGGUGUAGUUAUCGGUGAGAGAUGGCCCAAGAGCGGUGUGGACGUUACCGUCACCAUUUUGGAAGGUGACCAGGAGAGGGGGCUCUCGCAGGCACAGGGUCACGAAGACUGGGAUAUGAUGAAUGUUCUUGGUGGCUGUAUCACAGUUGCUGCAGCUGCCAUUGCGGAUGCCGGUAUUGACUGUGUUGAUAUGGUUACUGGCGGCGUCGCAGCCUUGAUUCAGAGCAGUGGCACGCAAACGCCCCAGAUUGUUCUUGAUCCGGUAUGCUCGGAGCACGACAACAUUCUGGCCGCUUGCUGCGUAGCGUACAUGCCAUCGCGAGACGAAAUCACCAACCUGUGGAUCAAGGGCCAACUUCCGCCGUCAGACGCGGCAACACAGACGCAAUUGGUCGGAAGAGCUAUACAGGCAUCAAAGGGGAAUUAUAAGGUCCUAGUGGAUGAGCUGAGUAGCUUCAGCCAAAAUCACGUCGAAGCCACUUAA